CAUAAUUCUAAAUUAUAAUCUUUUAUUCAUAUUUCAUGUAAUUCUUUAAUAUGAUUCACUGCUAAACAAUUAAAAAUACUACCAAUUUAGCCCCCAUCAUUAAGGGCCAAAUUAGUGCCAAAGUGGUGAAAAAACAAGGGAGGGGUAUUGCAGUAAAGUUCCAACCACUCCAAUGAGAAGUGAAAGGCAAAACCCAGAGUCACAGACAAACAGACAAUGACAUCACCACGCACACCACCCAUUAUAAGAAAAAAGUAGAAAACAAAAUAAAUAAUAAAUACAAAAAUAAAAAAGAUUUAAGAGACAGACAAAUGCAGGCUUUGGCGGGUUUCCAGAAUCUGAAGUUGAUAUUUGAGCUGAAAACCCAGCUCUAUCUUACCUUAUUAAUGCUCUUAACCCUUCCAUUUACUGCUUAUUUACGCCACCCACCCAUAACCACACAUACACAGAGACAAACAGUAGCACUCUCUCUCUCUCUCUCUCCGAGUCUCUUAGAACCUUCUUAACCAAGAUUACUUGCUGUUCCUUCCACCUUAAGCACCUACAGAUCCACAGCUAGGCAUUUCCGGUCUGGGAAGUUGGAUUUGUCUCGAACACAGUCGUAUUGGCUAUUUUGUCAGUCUUGUAGCAGCAGCGGCCUUGCGUUUGUUUUCUGAGGUUCUUCUUCUUCUGGGUCUUGCUUUUGUCGGUUUGCUGGAGCUGGCAUCUGAAUCCCCUGCUUUUUUCCCGAGCUUGGAUCCGGCGUAUCCUCAACUGGGAUUUUGAAUUUGUUUCUGGGUUUUCCCUUUUGGGCAAGUCUGUGCCUAGUCCUACAAGGAGAAUGGAUUUGGAACCUUGAUGUUACACAGUUGACUAUAGAUAGAUUAUCCAGUAAUGUCGAGGAUCACUAAGUGGAAGCUUGAGAAGACAAAAGUAAAAGUGGUUUUCAGGCUACAAUUUAAUGCUACACAUGUUCCACAAACCGGAUGGGAUAAGUUGUUUAUAUCUUUUAUACCUGCUGAUUCCGGAAAGGCAACUGCAAAAACAACCAAGGCAAAUGUGAGGAAUGGGACCUGCAAAUGGGGAGAUCCUAUCUAUGAAACUACAAGACUUCUACAAGACACUAAAACAAAACAAUAUGAUGAGAAGCUUUACAAACUCGUGGUAACCAUGGGUUCUUCACGGUCUAGUGUCCUGGGUGAGGCUAAUAUCAACCUUGCUGAUUAUGCUGAUGCGUCAAAGCCUUCUUCUGUUGCACUGCCUCUCCACGGGUGUGAUUCUGGAACUGUUUUACAUGUUACUGUACAGCUGCUAACUUCUAAAACUGGCUUCAGAGAGUUUGAGCAGCAGAGGGAGCUCAGAGAGAGUGGUCUACGAACAACCUCUGACCAGAACAGAAAUGAUGUAUCCACAGCUAGAAGAAUAUCAUCUUCUGAAGAUACAGUGAAUGAUCAGAUGGAUAAGAUGAAUGCGAGAGUUAAAUUUAAAGAACUCUCUCCCCUUGAAGAGGAGGUUGGGCUGAAUGAAGAGUAUGCAGAUUCAACUGUUGGAUUUGAUGGUUCUUCCAAUACUUCGGAAAGUAUAUAUGCUGAAAAACAUGAUACGUCCAGCACCCAUGAGAUUGAUAGUCUUAAGAGUACUACCUCUGGUGAUUUAGGUGGAUUGUCCCUUAGUCAAAGUCCUGGACAAGAGAAAGGAGACCCCUCUGAUCAGCAGUUCUUGGCACAGGGGACCAAUGAGUGGGCUCAUGGCUGGGGUUCUGACUUUUCUGCAGACGCUGGCCUGCCAAAUUCUUAUGAGGAAAAUAGUAGACUUAGAGGAAGCUUGGAAGCAGCUGAAUCAUCUAUUCUUGAGCUUAAGCAGGAGGUGAGCACUCUACAGAGUCAUGCUGAUGAAAUAGGCAUUGAAGCACAAAAAUUUUCCGUUCAACUUGAUGCUGAAAUUGCUUCUGGAGAACGAUUAGCAAAAGAAGUUUCCGUACUGAGAUCAGAAUGUUCAAAGUUGAAAGAAGAUCUUGAGGAGCAAAAAAGUUCCAAAUUAAGCAGAGAAACUAUUGAGAUAGGCCAGGAUUACCUUUUUCAUGAGUUACAGCUCAGGUGGUUUAAAGGGCUUUCAGACAUGGAUGAUAAAAUAAGAGAGCUUCAGAGAAAGGCAUGCUUUGGAAUACAUGAAAUGGACUUCGCAUCCUUUCUUUCGGAUUUCGAGGGAUUGCUUGGUGUUCUGCAAGUUCUCAAACAAGAAACUGGACAGGCAAGUUCAGGGCUGAACUUGACAAGCGUAAAGCAGGCCGAUGAAAUGAGUUUACAUAAACGUGAGCAAUUAGUAAUAGGAACCAGGUUUGAUGCAGAUUUUUAUCAACCAGAAGGUGUGCUUCAUUGUCUAAGCAUACCUGGCCCAGUGUUGCAAGACUUUGAUUCUGUAGAUGCUGCCAAUGCAAUGAAAGGAGAAGUCUUUGAGCUUUUAAGAGAGGUGAAUGAGUUGAAAGCUGAACGAGAAAGCCUUGCAAAGAAAGCAGACCAGAUGGAGUGCUACUAUGAAGCUCUCAUUCAGGAACUUGAGGAAAACCAGAGACAGAUGAUGGGAGAAUUGCAGAAUCUCAGAAAUGAGCAUUCUACUUGCCUGUACACAAUUUCAUCCACUAAAGCUGAGAUGGAGAGAAUCCAGCAAGACAUGAACAAUGAGAGAAUAAUAUUUUCCAAAGAAAAGUGUGAUUUCGAUUCUCUGAACAAGGAGCUUGAAAGAAGGGCUACUACAGCAGAAGCAGCACUUAAAAGGGCACGCAUGAAUUACUCCAUUGCUGUGAACCAGUUACAGAAGGACCUUGAAUUGCUUUCUUUUCAGGUUCAGUCCAUGUAUGAGAAUAAUGAGAACCUCAUUAAACAGGCUUUUGCAGAUUCUUUGCUUCCAAGCUUACCUGCAUGUGAAGAAACCCUGCAGAAUCAGAAGUUGGAUUCAGAGGAAUCUCAUUCUGCAGAACACUUGCAGUGUCAGAAUCAGUUCUCUGGGAUAAACAAACAGCAUUUAGAUGGGAAUAUAUUAUCAGAGGAUUUGAGAAAAUCUCUCCUCUUUCAGAAGGGGCUUUACCAAAAGGUUGAAGAAGAACUUUAUGAAGUGCAUCUGGUGAAUGUGUAUUUGGAUGUCUUCUCAAAGACUUUACAGGUUACUUUGGUUGAAGCAAGUGCUGACUUUGGAUUGACUAAAGAGAAAGUGCAUGACCUUUCACAACAGCUGGAGCUUUCAACUGAGUCCAAUGAGUUAUUGAUGCGGAGGCUGCAGACUGCACUGGAUGAGAUUCGCUUCCUGAAUGAGUACAAGGAUACUUGCAAUUCGAACUGCAAUGACUUGGCUCUGAGGAACCAAGUUUUGGAAGCAGAUUUACAAAACGCCACUAGUGAAAAUGAUCUUCUUAUCCAGAAGAUUGCUGAAUGGAAAGAUAUGAUAAAAGAAUAUGAAACUUAUGAGAGCAAAUACAAAGCCUGCACUACUGAAAAAUUACAGCUGGAAAAUUUGUUGAAAAAGGAAACCCUAGAAAAUGACACUCUUCAAAAUAGACUUUCAUCUUUGCAGGAAGAGUUGAAAUAUGUCAGAACUGACUUUGAUGAGCUGACUUAUGUGAAGGAAAAUCUGCAGAAUAUUGUGAACUUUCUACAGGGUAAGUUAUGGAAUCUGUUGGCAUCUUAUGACCAAAAGUAUAAAGGCAUGGAUCUCUGCAUUGGAUGUGUCAGUCAGGACUUGGAAUCCAAAGAUUUAACAGGUGUAGUGUUGCAAAUAGAACAGCUUCAGCACAAUGCAUAUGAGAAGAUUGUCCAGCUUAUGGAGGAGAAGAAAGACAUAGCACAAGAAAGAGAUAUAGCUCGGGAGUCUUUAAGCGCAGCAGAAUCUGAUAAUCUGAUCAUAAAAAGGCAAUUUGAACAUGAUCUACGAGGUAUAAUGGAUAAACUAGAACUUUCAAACGCCCUGGUGCGAAAGCUCCAGUUACAAGUUGAGGCCCUUGCAAACAGACCUGAGAUUAGUUCUGUAGCCGAAGAGAAUUAUGCACAACAGUACAGAGAACUUUUUUCUGAUCUUAAUCAGUUAGAAAUGGAGCUGCAGCAACUUACUUCUAAAAACCAGGACCUUGCUGGUCAAAUUAUGGAGUUUGAGAAGGUAACUGAAGAACUGGGAAGGUGUAAACUGUCCAUGGCAGCAAUGUCAGAGGAAAAAGAAGCUUUGAUAAUUUCCUUACAGGACAAAACUGAAGAAUCUUCCAAGCUUGCUCAGGAGCUUAAUAGUUUGCAAGGAAGUUUGCUCUCCUUGCAUGAUGAUUUGCAAACUGAGAGAAAUCUCGGAGAUAAGUUAGAGAGUACAAUUACAGAUCUCACUUCCCAGUUGAACGAGAAGAAUUGCCAGUUGCUAGGUUUUGAUGGGCAGAAGGCUGAGGUUGUCUAUCUCAAACAAUUGUUAUCUGAUCUAGAACUAGAGAAAUCAAGAGUUUCCGGUCUCUUAUUGGACUCUGAAGAAUGUCUAAAAGAUGUCCGUGAAGAAUGUUCUUCCGUAUCUGCUUUGGAAGGUCAAUUGUCUGAAAUGCAUGAAUUUUCAAUAGCUGCUGAUGUUGGACUUACUUUCACAAAAACUCAAUAUGAGACCAGGAUUGAAGAAAUAGGAAGGUGUAACAUGACCAUAGCAGCAUUGUCAGAGGAAAAAGAAGCUUUGAUGACGUCCUUACAGGAUAAAACUGAAGAAUCUUCCAAGCUUGCUCUAGAGCUUAAAUAUUUGCAAGGAAGUUUGCUCUCUUUGCAUGAUGAGUUGCAAAUUGAGAGAAAUCUCAGAGAUAAGUUAGAGAGUGCAAUUACAGAUCUCACUUCCCAAUUGAACGAGAAGCAUUGCCAGCUGCUUGGUUUUGAUCAGCAAAAUGCUGAGCUUGUCCAUCUCAAACAAUUGGUAUCCGAUCUAGAACUAGAGAAAUCAAGAGUUUCCCGUCUCUUGUUUGACUCUGAGGAAUGUCUAAAAGAUGCCCGUCGAGAAUGUUCCUUCAUAUCUGCUCUGGAAGCUCAAUUGUCUGAAAUGCAUGAGUUUUCAAUAGCUGCUGAUGUUGGACUCACUUUCACAAAAACUCAAUUUGAGACCAGGAUUGAAGAACUAGGAAGGUGUAACCUGACCAUAGCAGCAUUGUCAGAGGAGAAAGAAGCUUUGAUGGUGUCCUUACAUGAUAAAACCGAAGAAUCUUCCAAGCUUGUUCUGAAGCUUAAUAGUUUGCAAGGAAGUUUGUUCUCUUUGCAUGACGAGUUGCAAAUUGAGAGAAAUCUCAGAGAUAAGUUAGAGGGUACAAUUACAGAUCUCACUUACCAAUUGAACGAGAAGAACAACCAGUUACUAGAUUUUGAUCACCAGAAGGCUGAGCUGGUCCACCUCAAACAAUUGGUAUCAGACCUGGAGCUUGAGAAAUCCAGAGUUCUCCGUCUCCUGUUGGAUUCUGAGGAAUGUCUGAAAGAUGUUCGUGAAGAAUGCUCUUCCAUAUCAGCUUUGGAAGCUCAGUUAUCUGAAAUGCAUGAAUUUUCAAUAGCUGCUGAUGUUGGAUUCACUUUUGCAAAGACUCAAUAUAGGGCCAUGAUCGAAGAGCUUGGUCAGAAACUUCAGUUUUCAGAUAGCCAUGUUUCCGAGCUUCGUAACGAUCACCUCAAUGUAGAGAAUAUGCUUAAUAAAUGUCUUGCUAGCGAAAGGCAUUACCUUGAAGAGAACACCAAAUUGAUGGCAAGUCUCAGUUCCCUUAAAUCUGAGUUGGAAGCCUCCAGUGCUCAAAAUAGGAUACUUCUUGAUACAAACAGUGCCAUGAGGACUGAACUUGAGGAAUACAAGGAAAGAGCAGAAAAUGUGGAGGGUGUUGUCCACGUGGAUAACAGUCAGUCUGUUCUUGAGAUUGAAAGGCUGGAGUAUACUUUGAUGACUUCUGAAGAAGAGAUUGAUAACCUGAUAUUCUCCAAGGAAGCACUAGAAGUCAAAGUUUUAGUACUCAAAGCCAAGUUGGAUGAACAGUGCGCUCAGAUAACCUUGCUGGAAGGAUAUAAAGAUGAAUUGAUAAUGUUGCGCAAUAAAUGUAGCGAGCUUACACAGAGGCUUGCCGAACAGGUUUUGAAGACAGAAGAGUUUAAGAACUUGUCCAUCCAUUUUAAGGAGCUUAAAGACAAGGCUUAUGCUGAGGGUCUCCAUGCACAUGAUAAAAGAGAACCAGAAGGGCCGCCAGUUGCUAUGCAAGAGUCCUUAAGAAUUGCAUUCAUCAAAGAGCAGUAUGAAACCAAGCUGCAAGAACUGAAACAACAGCUUGCUAUGUGCAAGAAGCAUAGUGAGGAGAUGCUCAUGAAAUUACAAGAUGCAAUCAAUGAAGUUGAGAACAGGAAGAGAUCUGAAGCUACUCAUGUAAAGAGAAAUGAAGAGCUAGGAAUGAGGAUCUUGGAAUUGGAGUCUGACCUACAUUCAGCGCUUUCUGAAAAGCGUGAAAUAAUGAAAGCCUAUGACCUGAUGAAGGCUGAAAAGGAAUGCUCAUUAAUAAGCCUUGAGUGCUGUAAGGAAGAAAAACAACAACUUGAAGCGUCUUUGCAAAAGUGCAAUGAGGAAAUGGCUAAAAUUGCUUUAGAACUCACCUCAACGAAGGAUUUGCUUGAGAGUUCUUCAGCUUCUAUAAAUAAUCAGGGGGAAGGCAAUGGCAGUUUACACAAAGCAGAUUACAUAUCUGAUGAUCCAGUUGUUGAAAAAGUUCGCCACAAGAAAUUGACAUCUGGCGUGCAAAGCAGCAUAGUAAGAGAGGACCCGUUAGCUAAGUUUUCUGAGCUAGAUUUAGCGAAUUAUGAAGCAGCUGAUCCUGAAUGCUUGAAUUCCAUUGAUGAAGUAGACCAAUCAAAUGGACUCAUCAAUAUACACUCUGAGCAGGAUGAUCUUGUAUCCAGAGGCGUAAAUGGUAUCCCUAGUGUUGUACCUUCAAAGCAAAAGGAUGUUCUUAAUAGUGACAUGAAGCAUUUGGUUCUUGCCAAUGAGCAUUUUAAGGCCCAAAGCUUAAAGUCUAGCAUGGACAACUUAAAUAAGGAGUUGGAAAGGAUGAAACAUGAAAAUUUGCUUCUUCCCCUAGAUGAUCAUCAUUUUGACCCAAAUUUUUCUGGUGUACAAAGAGAGCUGAUGCAAUUAAAUAAGGUAAAUGAAGAAUUGGGAAGUAUAUUUCCCUUAUUCAACGAAUUUUCUUGCAGUGGCAAUGCACUAGAGAGGGUGCUCGCGUUGGAAGUUGAACUCGCUGAAGCAUUGCAGGCAAAGAAGAAAUCAACUUUCCAGUUUCAGAGUUCUUUCGUGAAACAACAUAGUGAUGAGGAAGCAGUGUUUCACAGCUUUAGAGACAUCAAUGAGCUAAUUAAAGACAUGCUGGACCUUAAGGGAAGAUAUGCUACUGUGGAAACAGAACUGAAAGAGAUGCAUGAUCGUUACUCUCAGUUAAGCCUUCAAUUUGCAGAGGUUGAAGGAGAGAGACAAAAGCUAAUGAUGACUCUCAAGAAUGUUCGAGCGUCAAAGAAAGCCCAAUACUUAAAUCGCUCCUCAACAUCCCCAUUUCUGGACCCUUCAUAAUAGUCACCGGGCCAUUCUAUCUUGUGCACGAAGACGAAGAAAUAGCCAUUUACCAGGUUAAGAAAUUGAUGGUCCAACAUGCCAUGCUGCCUCAUGUCAUCAUGUAUGUCCAAGGUGAAUUAUGCAUGGGCCACUUAGCUGCUAGUGGUGAAACUUUACAAUGCUGGAAUGCAGUAUCAAAAGCUAAGCAGCAGCAGUGUAUAUAAACUCUCUGGUCAAUAGUUUCACAAGUACAUAAUUGACCCUUUUUUUGGGGUUGAGGGGGGUGGGGGUGAAUUGUUGUCAGCUGUUCUGCUGUAUAGUAAAUCAAAUUCUUUUUUGUAAUUUAUAUUUAAUAUCCUCAAGGAAAAAAAUAUAUAACUUCUUCCCAUA